UUGUUUUCCGUACCCUGAGUGUAGAAAUGUAUCCCGACGGAGAUAGAAUGAUCACAGAAGUAAACCUCGACUCUGAACCUAGGGAAGUUCACUAUGUGAGUGAGAACGGAAGAAUAGAAGGAUUAAUCCUAGAAGAGAAUUCUGCAGAAAACCUUAGUUCAACAGAUCUACAUUCUCAUGACUCAGGGGAGGAUAUUGAGACAGAUAACCAGAUCUACCGGAGAACAAGAACUAGGAGGAGUAGAGGGAGUACCUCCAGUAGUUUAGAGGAGAACACAGUUAUACAUUUAUUAGAUGUGCCAAUCAACCGGUUAGAGGAAUCAAGUAUCUCUCAUCGGUUAGAGGAUAACAAAUACAAUACAGACGAGGAAAUGACUACUGCAGGAAAUGUAGUUGCAGCAGGACGGAGAAGUAGGCCGACCUCAGCCAAGGGGUGGAGCAGACAGAGAAAUCAGAUUGUACGAGAUACUCCAAGUAGGAUUGAAAUUAACAAGAGAGGAGUUCAAGAUCUAUUCUCAGAUAUUUUAUAUCAGGAAACUGAUUUACAGGAGGAAGAUGAGGAGGAAGAAAAUGAAAAUGUUCCAACCCCAGCAUCUUUAAUAUCUGAUACCAGCUCAACACAGGACGUAUACAGGCCUCCUUCAAUAAUAUCUGGGGUGAAGUAUAGUGAAUGGCAGAGGACUAGUGGUUUGAAGGUUCUCCGACGAGUGCUCGAUAGACAGAAAAUACUGGAGACUACUGAUGGGAUUGCGAACAAAACUCAGGAUGAGAUGAUUCAAGUUUUUCAAAAGUUCAAACGUAAACCUCCGAAUAAGCUGAAACCCCUUGGAUUCCCGGAGGUAUGAAGACGAUCUUGAAUAAACCAACCAGAAUGGGAA